UGCUUCUUUCUUCAGCUCGGCGGACGAUAUUUUUGGAUUUGCAGCCCAUGGCGCAUUGUAGCAGGAUCUUUAUUAGUUUUCUAUUAUGAGCCGAUGACGUAGUGUACGAAGUAAAAUGGGCCUAUGGUUGACUUGGGCCCCCGGCCUUUUGUUUGAGCCUUCGGCCUUUGGUACUACAUAUGUCGGCAACGCUUUUCCUUCCCGCCCUUUCUCCCAUUUCAUUUCUUCUCACUCUGAGUUUGCUUUGAGAAAUGGCGCGAGAAAAUCCUGCAGAGAAAGCCCUAGGUCUGCUCCGAAGCAGACUCUGUGACCCUAAUUUUGCCUUCAAAGCUCUCUCUCACUCCGACGACUCAAACUACAGCAAGUUGAAAUUCUUAGUUUCAAGUUCCAUCACCGAAGCAUGUAACAACUCCAUUCUGCUUCUCGGUCCCCGUGGUUCGGGAAAAAUCGCUGUGUUGGAGCUUGUGCUCAGUGAUUUAUUACAAGAAUAUCCUGAUAUGAUUUCAGUGAUUAGGUUGAGUGGCCUGUUGCAUGGCAGUGACAACUGCGCAUUUAAGGAAAUUGCUAGACAGCUAUGCAUGGAGCAUCAGUUGGUUUUCUCAAGAAUGGCAUCAUUUGAUGAUAACUCCCAGUUUAUGAUAGCCAUGUUAAGGGAGUGUGGAUUAGCACAUAAAACAAUUAUUUUUGUUUUGGAUGAGUUUGACUUGUUUGCUCUGGGAAAACAGAAGUUACUUUAUAGUUUGCUUGAUGCAAUGCAGUCAGUAACAUCUCAAGCUGUCGUCAUUGGUGUGAGCUGCCGACUGGAUGCUGAUAUGCUUUUGGACAAAAGAGUAAGAUCUCGUUUUUCACAUAGAAAGCUUUUGUUUCUUCCUCCUGCUAACGAAGACAUACAGCGAUUGUUGGAGCACAUUUUAUCAUUGCCAACAGACUCAAGCUUUCCUCCAGACUAUGCUGUUGCCUUCAACGCAAAACUUCAAAAUAUAUUGGCAGAUGAGAGAUUUAAAGAGAUUAUUAGUAUAUAUCUGAAUUUUGAUUCAACUGUCAAACAUUUGUUGAGAUAUCUAUUCCGUGCUGUUUCUUAUAUGGAUUUGGAGUCUGGAAUGCUGUCACUAGAAAACUUCAAAGCUGCACUUUCAAAUAUCCAGAGGCAUCCAAAGUUGGAAUGCAUAAAAGAUUGCUCCAUAUUGGAACUUUACAUUCUGGUAUGCAUGAAGAGGUUGGAAGUUAAAGAGCAGAACUCAUACAAUUUCAAUUCUGUAAUGAAAGAGUACAAAAGCAUACAUGAUUCGGUCAAGACAUCUGACUAUUUUGCAAGAAAUGUUUGCUUACGGGCAUUUGAACACCUUCUACAACGUGAACUGAUUGGCUUUACAGACAAUAGAGGACAAAACCACUCUGUUGAGUUUUCUCCUGUGAAGCUUUUAGUCUCAUUCCACGAACUGCACCAGGGCCUGAAAUCAUAUGGUUCUUGUCCCGCCAUUCUUCAACAAUUAAUGGAUCGUCAAAAAUAGUGGCUGAAGAGACGGGAUUGAUGGCUGGUUAGCUGCUUCGUGUGUAUGAUAAUUGGACAUGUGAUUUCUAGAAUUUGUUUCAUUAGUGAUUCAUUGUAGCUAUCAAUUUUUAAUGAUGAAAUUUUUUUUUUUU